GCGCAAAUUGGGUCAUCAACCAGCUACGAGUAAUGAAGGCUUGUUUGAGGAAAACUUCAAAACGCUGGGAAAAGACUUUCAACUUCAGCUCGGGAAGUAAACACUAUUCUGUCGAACUAGUUCGUAUAAAGCGUUUUUGUGGCGAAGAAUUUCGUAUAUUUACAAAUGGACUACAGAUUACUCGUGCAACAUUUAAGCGUCUCAAUGGCUUAGCUGUGUGCAAUAGGAGCGAACAAUUCGCUUGGGAGUUUGAUGGCCGUUCUUUUCUGUUGAUGAUUGUACCUGGAACAUGGUCGAUGACAGAGUAUCAUUUGCUGAUCGACGGUUUUCAGAUAGACUUGAAUCUCACUCCAUCAGAUCUGUGGAGAAGACGAGGGUGGAUUCUUGUUUAUUUUGGCCUCAUCGAGGUGUUGAUUGGAGUUUCAUUGGAAUCGUUACGAUACUUUGAGGACACUGUGCCUUCUCCGUAUGUUGUUGUAUGGGAGCUACUAGGCCGCGUUUUAUUAAUAUUUGGCUUGUUAAAGAUUGUGGAGGGUUUAACCUCACAUGUGGUGAGACAUUCUAAUCGUUAUGGGCCAGUUUACACAGUGUAGGAAAACUUCAAACCACAUAUUACUAAUUCAGCACAUUUUCAUCCAGGCAAAACGAAGUUAAAAAUAUCCAGUACUACAAACUAUGAAUCCGAUCAAACUCUAAAGCAUUGUGAAAUUAUUCAUAAUAUCAUGUUGACUCUAAUAUGUAUUAAAAUAUGUUCUCUGUU